UGCUCAUGAGUCAUGAGUCAUGGCGUUCUGUUCGUGGAGCGGUAGUGAAAAAUACAGGGAUCACUUUGAAGUUGGUAAUAAUUUUAAUGUUAUUUUCAAUGUGACCGUUUAGAAUAGAGGUUGCCAAAACUGGCAGUUGUUCAGCGAAGACCCUCUAUGAUAUCGUUGUAGAAACUGCUAUAUUUUCAAGUUAUCUCAGAAUAAUUAGCCUUUGAGGAUGCCUUAAAACCAUCCGCUUUGGCGUGAAGUCUUGAGGUAGCAAGCCAAAUGCAGGACAUUAUUCACUGAUAAAAUUGACUAUCAACAUCUAAAAUAUCAACCUGCCUUGUUUGGUUGAUUGUAGUUAAAUCUAGCCUGCGUAGCAGUCGCUUUAUUCUGUUGAAGGUUUGAAGGAAGGUUUGAAGGAAGGUUAAUUUGUUCGACCGCGGGCUAUCAAUCUCGUACCCAGAGCAUUGGAACAUGGCUCUGGGUACGUAUACGUGAUUGAACCUAACCUAACCUAACAUACAUAUUGACAUGUAUAUGUUGGUAAUAUGUGUUGUCUUGAAGGCCACCCGAUAUUUUUCUUCAUUCGUUUAAAUUAUUAAUAUGUCAUACACGUCAUCUAUCGUCCAGGUAUAUACAAAUGUGUGAAGUGUGGUAAUGGCUUAUUUCAUGGAAAGAGUAAAUACGCACAUCACACGCCAUGGCCGGCAUUUAAUGAGACGAUUCGUGAAGACAGCGUAAGAAAAGAAAUUGAAACUGUUCCACAAGAAAGCAGUCAGGCCAAAGCAAUGAAAGUAAGCCGGACCUUUGUUUACUAGAAGACGUAGUACAUUUCAUGACUAGUACUUUCAUGACUAGAACUAGUGCAUGCUUUUCACUGUCAGUUUCAGGCGAUUGAGUUUCUCAUAUUUAUGGCGAGGGUAGAAAACGAAUGUUACCUAAAAACAAAUGUAACCAAAAUACUUCUUUUGUGGAUUUCUAACUUCUUUUUCACUGCCAGUGUAUACAGUAUAACAAGCACCUUUCAUAAUUUAUAUUUUGCUGGCAGGUGCCUUCCAUGGGUCAUUUUCUAAGGGUCUCGUUUCUUGCCGCUUAGGAUCAUCUUCUGAGAGUUUCUCAAAUAAUUAUUGCAUACUUACUACGUGAACGUAUUAUCCAAAUUGAAAUAUUACAUUCAAUAUUCUCUUUUUGCUAUUUUUUGUUGAGGUUUUCUGUGGCAAAUGUGGAAACAGCUUGGGUCACGAAUUUAUCGGCGACGGUCCCAAUGGCGCAUCAAGAUUCUGAAUUUUUUCAAACACUUUACAAUUUGUGAAAGCUGAGUAAGCUUUUAUAAUGUGAUUGAAAGUGUGCUGUGGAGGGAGUUAUUGAUCGAUUUACCAUUCGUCUCGAGUACUGGCAUACGUGAGCUCAUAUACCAUGGAUUAAAAAAUUUAAAAAUGAGAGUCGGGCGGGAUUUCACGUCCAAACAGUUUGCUCUAAGAGUCCUGGACUUGAAAUCCCAUCCAGUUCUGAAUUUGACUGGGAUCACUGGAUCAGUUAAAACGACAUCUCUUACGAAUAGAUCAUUACUCAAGUGAAGUGAAUUAACUUUGACACAGCCUCCCACUGCAUCCAGACGUCAUUUCCCACGCUUCUUCGCUCGGAACCAAAUGAGCGAGCGGAUGAGAGUGGGAAAUGACGUCUUGGUUCGCAGACUAUAGGACUCGAGUCAAAUAGUCAUGAUACUCAUGAUCAUUCGAUAAAGAUCGCUAGAAUGCGUGAAUUGGGCUGACUGGCAAAUGGAGAGAAUAAGAGAAUUUGAUUAAACAUGAAAUAUAAUGUAAUGAUGUAUUUAGUUCAAAGCCAAAACGUCUGGAGGACUUGAUACUGAAGAGGUUCAUUAUUUCAUGUCAAAAUUUUGUACAUAGCAGCGUAAAAAAUAUAUUACAACUCGAGCA